UCAUGACUAAUUUACGCACGUUUGCAAGAUCUCUUUUGCGUAUUCGUCUCAACUGGUUGAUUCUUCUCUAGUUCAGUUUAAAACGAUAUGAUCUUUUUAAAAAAUAUUUUCUUCUAUCAUUUUAUUUUAACAUUUUUUUAAUUGAAGAUUGAAUCCAGAAUUUUAAAGCUUCUGGGAUAGAAAUUAAUAAAAAAAAAUCUGGCCAGUAUUACAAAAAGUUUUAAAAAAAGUUUUAGAGAAAAUUAAUUUAUGGAAAAUGUCAGCUCAUAUUAAAAGAAAUUGUUUCACUUUUACAUGGAAUAUUGAAAAUAUCAGUUACUGCUGGCAAAAGACGGGCGAAGAAAUCUCAAUAAUCUUUGUGGUAAAGGCAUUAGAAGAAACGAAAUAUAAACUGAAUCUGUAUCCCAGAGGGCUUUUAGACGAUAACUACAUUAGCUUUUACCUUCAUAAUCAAGAUGCUACGAAUAUGAUGAUAAAUUGUGAGCUCGCGUUCUUGUCCAAACAGGGUUCCAUACUUGCAUCGAUAGAAGAGGAAAAUGUCACAGAUAUGGCUGGUUCUGAUAAGUUCAAGGUAAGGAAUGAUGUUUUCGUUCUUAACAGGUCGAUAUAUCUGCCUGAAGACAAGUUGACAGCACGUUGCAGAAUAUGGAAGCGGCAUGGGCAGAUGAUAGAGGAUGUCCAGUGCUUUGCUCGCACACGAAUUUGCAUCGAAAGGGAAUCUUUCUUGUGGAACAUUCGAAACUUCAGUCGCCUACAAGCAGAAGAUCAAAGUCCCCACACGAUCAGAUCAGUGCUGGACAACGAAAUAUUGAUGACUCUCGAUAUUUCCUUAAAGAAUCCCUAUACUGAAGAAGAUUCAAUUAAUAUUCGAAUCGUGGAUGAAAAUUCUAAGAUAAAGUAUUUAGUUCUUCACUUAACGCCUUUAAAUGGUUUCGGAUGCGAAAUUAAAUGCAUAAAGAAAGAGUUCUUAUUUUGUGAGAAUAUAAAAAUAAAACUAUUGAGUCUACCUUUUUCAAAAAUAGGAUUGAUAUCGAAAAAAGAUGUAUGCUUGCCACAUGAUGCUUUAUCCUUUCGAUGCGAGUGCAUUUUUUCUACAGGGACUGUUUUUAAAGAAAUCGAAAGAGUCGUUUAUGGCUGUGGCAAUAUUCUUACAAGUGAACCAUGCAAUCAUCGUCUAGAUAACAGUAAUACAGCGUUAGCAUCAAAGAAUGUUUUGAUCCAAAAUCUGAAUUCCUUGUUUCAUGACAACAUCCUGUCUGAUAUAAAACUGAAAACGGGUACUAAAACGUGUUUCGCCCACAAAAAUAUUCUAAGUGUCCGGUCACCAGUGUUCAAAGUGAUGUUCUCAAACAAUAUGCUGGAAACAUUCAACGAUUCUGUUCAUAUCGAAGAUUUAGAUAGCGAUACUGUGUAUAGAAUGCUUCAAUAUAUUUACACGGCUGAAAUAAAAGAUAUAACUUGGGAGGAUUAUUGCAAAUUAUACAGAGCUGCUGACAAAUACGAGAUCCUUGCUUUAAGGAAUGAAUGUUCCGCCUACUUGAAAUCUAACUUGUGUCCGAAUAAUGUGUGUGAAGUGCUCAUUCUGGCAGAUACACACCAUGAUAAUGAUCUGAAAAUUUAUGUUCAGGAUUUCAUUUUUGAGCAUAAUAUCGUAAGUACUGAAGAGUGGAAAUGUUUCAUGAAGACACACCUAAAAUUAUCUGCAGAUACAAUGUACGUCCAAGUUAAGAAAAACCGGUUAAUUAAUGAAUUGCGUUCGCCCGCCCAUGGAUUUUAUGCCAAUACCCUUGGGACUUCUUAUGUUUCGCCUUCUGCCAAUACUGUCGGGACAUCUUGUGCUUUGCCAUCAUCACCGGCAUGCAGCGGAAUCGGCAACAAUACCCGAAGUAGAGUGGGGUCGUCUGCACUCUCUGGAGUUCCAGAAUCCCCGGGUGAAGAGGAACACCAGGACGGAAGAAGGAGAAAAGUCGCCCGCAGAAGUGCACGUGGAUAUGUUUACUUUUUUGGAAGUUCCAUUUUGAUUGUAUGAAUGAAAUAGAAGCACAGAAAGUCUAGACUUUCCAAGAAAAAAAUAAACAGGUAUUCGAAGAAGUUCCGGAAAAUUCUUAUGAUUGAUUUAAAGAACUUCAAUCGACUGGAUGAAUUGAGAAAUCCAAUAUCUGAAGCAGGAAGAAUUCUUUGAUGUUGCGAAUAUAUUCUGGAAUUUUUGAAUAUGUGAAAAUUAUAAGCGCAAUACUUAUUUCUCUGACUUCGUAUAUUUGAUAUUUUUGUCAGUUGCUUAGAUACAAAAUUGUUACAUUCUCAGACACUGAAUGCAUGCAUGAUUGGAAAUAAAAAAAAGAACAAGAAGGCAUUUCGCGAACUGAUUAAAUGUUAUAUUUGGUGAAGAAGGUUUGAG